AGCAGGUCACCAUCUUGCACACUGUGGUGAAAUUUUCUUAUCUUGGCGAAAUGGAAGGCUCUCUGUACCUAGCGUUUUCUGCACUUUUGGUGUCGGUCAUUGUCUGGCUUCUUAAUCCUUUUCAUAAACUUCACAAGUUCUUGAAUUAUUCCUUAAGAAGAGACGGUGGCAUGCGAACUGAUCUUCCGGAUGGGGUUCGCUCGUUCAACAAUAUGCCUGGCCCAAAGGGAUGGCCUAUCUUAGGCGAUAUGCUGAACUUUCUACGAAAAUCUGAGUUCAAAGAAAUUAUAGUGGAGUUGAAGGACUCGUUUGAUAAGUACGGUCCUGUUUUUAAGAGGAAUUUUAUGGGAACAUCAGUGGUUUAUGUCAAAGACCCAAAGGAUAUCGAAGUCGUCAUCAAAGCAGAUGGAAAACAUCCCAUGCGACCUCCCUCAGCUGUAAGCACGGCGAUUAAUAAGUACAGGAAAAGCAGAAAACUCCCUAAAGUCCUUUUUGGAUUGGACGGUGAGGAAUGGAACCGAGUACGAAAGGCUUUAGCGUCGAAAAUGCUUCGACCGAAAGAUAUCCGAGACAACCUGGAAAACUUUAAUGGAGUGACAAGAGAUGCUAUAGAACAUAUGCUUUCAGUGCGGGGUGCAGAUGAAGAAAUUCCAAAUCUCGAGGAGGAACUUGGAAAGUGGGCGACGGAAUCUGUGGGUACACUGGCAUUCGAUGUAAGAGUUGGAAUGUACGAUGACCCACCGAACAAAGAAACCGUGAAAAUGAUUAAGUCGAGCUCAGACGCCUUUUCACUUAUGGGAAAACUGAACAAAGGAUGGGAAAGUUUUAUCCUCAACUUCAUGACGACACCCACGUACUUGAAGUUUUGUGAAGCACAAGACACCUCCAUAGGCAUUGGUCAGCAUAUAGUGAACCAGAAAAUUAUGGAACUGAAGAAAGCAGCCGAAGAUGGUGAAGCUCUCAGCCAGGAUCAGGCGGUGCCUCUGCUGACCUACCUCAUAAUGAAAGGCGAACUUACACCACAGGAGAUCAACACACAAUCUAUUGGGAUGUUUAGAGCAGGAGUAGAGACGACGUCCACUGGGCUACAAUGGCUCCUUUACGAUCUGGCCCGUAAUCCAAAGGUGCAGGAGAAGGUGUAUGAAGAAGUGACCUCGCUAAUUGGGCCCCAUGGAGAUUUUACGCCCGAGAGUUUUGCCAAGUUGACUUACAUUAAGGCUUGUGUCAAGGAGUGUCUGAGAAUGCACCCUCCUGCUCCCGACUGGGCACGCCGUCUAAGCCAAGAUGUGGUUCUUUCUGGUUACCAUGUCCCAACAGGUACAAUCGUGGUUUAUUCCAACUAUCUUUCUGGGCUCUCUGAGGAGUUGUUCAAGUUUCCUUUGGAGUUCAGACCUGAACGUUGGUUAAACGAAGAUCUGGGAAAAGUUCACCCUUUUGCCAUAUUGCCAUUCGGAGUUGGACCACGCAUGUGUAUUGGGCGUCGUAUCGCUGAGGCUGAAAUAUAUCUCUUGGCAACAAAGCUGGUACAGCGGUUUGUCCUGGAAUAUCACGAUGCGCCAGUCGGUAUGAAGUCGAGACUGUUGUGUGUUCCUGACAAACCACUGAAGAUCAAAUUUAUUGACCGUGCGUAACUUGCUUAUAUGGAUGUUCGUUCUUGACGGUGGGAAUAAAUAAAAUAGACAUUUUUUAUCAAAAGGUAUCGGCAGGAUACACUCCAUAAGAUGUGUUUUACUCAGCGAGAGUCUGUGCCAUUUUUUUUUUUUUUAAAUCAAGCCCUUCGCAUUGACGACUGCCAAAUUUGAAUUACGCAGAAAUGAGUACUUGAUUGACUAAAAAUAACCAAUGGAAAUAAUAUAUUUCAAAGCAAAGUGACUAUGUGGAAAAUAAGAGGUCGUAUUAAAUUUUAACUCCGAAUAUUGCAUUUCUAGUGUUUUGAUUGGUUCCGAAUGUUAGCUCAUAUUUUCGGGCCCAAGUCAUCUUAUAAGAAAAUGCAUUGCGAAGCGAAAAAAAGGCUCCAAAUAUCCAAACGUUUAGGAUUUACUGAGAUUUCAUAAAAACAAUUAUUCUUUUCGCGGAUGUUGGAUGUGUAAUUGGCUAUUUAUCAUCUCUAAUGACGAUGAUUAGGUAGAAGCUGCAGAUUGUGGCUCGCAGAAGGCUUUUUACAGCGCAACUGAGAGAGGAAAUUCGUGUAUGUCUCAAGCUUACGCGAGAACAUUGGGUAUGACAAUAUAGAAUGGUGGUAGUAUUGAGUGGAGUCCAAUUCGAUCUGUAAUGUUUCGACCGAUUUUUUUAAUCACCAGUAUUAUUACAGACAGAAUUGGACGACACGAAGUCCUGUUACCAAUUAAUCACAACCUUUAAAAUUUCCGAAAAAAAAACCAAAUAUAUUUAUUACAAAUAUCUCCAGUGGAGACAAUGUCCCAGGUUAACAAUUUCUCCAUUUUGGAAAUUCCCCAGUUUUUCGUAGGAUAAGUGGUUGUUGCUAUGGUUUUUGUGAUGAAUUCGGUGAUUGGUGGAUUUAGCUGAGUGGACUGGCUUGCUUCAAUUGUCCGACAACAGCCAACUGUCAGAUUACAACUUUAUAAAGUUAUUUGUGAAAAAUAAAGCAGUUACUGCACCAAUCACA